UGAUAUUUAUAAAAUAUAAUACGAAAUUGAUGUUGAAAUUAGGUAUUUAAGUAAACGAACAACUGAUUACAUGACAAAUGAAAUCUGUCGAACCACCGUUUUGCGUCGGUGGAACAAGAGAGUGCCACUAAGGUUUCCCUUCUGGAAAGCAAAAUCUGAGGCAUUUAUUCAUAUCUCCUUGUGGGACCUGCAUCUGAGAGUCAGCAUGGAGUUGAAACAGGAGGUGAUGGAUAUUCUUGAGAAGGUGUGGACCAAGCUGCAGGGACUCCCACAAGCCAGUCCUCUGGAGCUGGGAGCCUUCUUUGUGCUUCUCCUGUUUGUUGCUACAGUUCUCUUCAUGGUCAUGCUGUCCUGUAUCCACUGCUGCUGCUGUGGAAAGCCUAAAUACCAAGCCUCCAGAGUAGAGCCUCUACAUCCUGUCUGAAGUUGAGACAGAGAAAAGACUCCACUUGUAAAUACAACCUCCAUCUUGCUUCCAUCCUGAUACAACACCUUUAUUCACAGUUAUAAAUCGGGGAAAUACUCCUUUUCAGAGUUGUUCGUUUUUUGGAGAAAAUCAACAAAGGUGAUUUAUCAAGGGACGGAUGGGGACAUAUUUCCAUGAUAUUUCCAGCACUGGGAUGAAGACUGGAUCCACAUCCAGAGGACCACGCUACUGGUAUCCAUUUAAAUCAGCAGAGUAGCAUGACUCAUCAAGAUUCAUUACAGACCAGGACAAUAAAACACUGUAUGGCAGCCUUUUCCAACAACAAAAACCUUACAGUGGAGCAAAGAAUGAAAAGAUUCAAAAAAAAUUUUAAAGGCUGUUUUGUGCUUGAAUGUCACAGUGACUCCGAUAUUACAAAUGAACUGGUUUGGAAUUCUGUUGGUAUUCAUCUGGAAUGUGAAAAGCAACAUGGAAAAUGUACAGACAUUCCAGCAUGUGUAUUUGUAGUUGCAUGUUUUCAGCAGAACCUUGCUGGUGUAAAAAGACAGAGCACCCUCUGCUGGCCAAGUGAAGAGAAUAUUUUUUUGUAAAUUGUGCCAAUAAAAAAUGUGAGCGGUUACAAAUGUAUUGUUAUAUUUUUGUUUGUUUGUCUUUUUCACUAUGAUAAUACAAUGUUACAUUUGUGUUUGUAACUGAAAUGCAAUAAAUGUUCAACAAAACACUGUAA